CGUAUACCUUUUUUCAAAAUGGCCGAUAGAAUUUUAAGUGAUUUUGAGAUCUCUUACAUCAAGCAAGGGGUUCUUGCAGAUAUGAGGUCGGACGGACGGAGCUGUAGAGAUUACAGAAGCUUUGAACUCCGUUCAGGGAUAGUAUCAAAUACUAGUGGAUCUGCAGAAAUUAAGUUGGAAAGGACCAAUAUAUUAGUUGGAGUAAAAGCUGAAAUUGGACAGCCUAACCCUUUAAAUCCAAACAAAGGACGCAUAGAAUUUUUUGUUGAUUGUUCUGCUCUUGCUUCUCCUAAGUUUGAAGGAAGAAGAGGCGAGGACUUAGGGCGGAAUUUGGCUCAUCGUUUAUCAGAUUUGUACGAGAACAGCAACUGCAUUGAUUUGGAAUCAUUGUCUAUUAUCCCUGGGCAGGACUGCUGGAUUAUAUAUGUAGAUGCAUUGGUAUUAGAAUAUAGUGGUGGUGUCUUAGAUUGUCUUUCUAUUGCAGUCAAAGGAGCUCUAGCAAAUACUAAGAUCCCUAAGCUAACUGUUAUUGGAGAAGGAGAGGAACAAGAGAUAGAAAUAUCAGACAAUCCUUUUGAUUCAACUUCAAUAGAUACAAAUAAUGUACCAGUAUUUGUCAGCUUAUCACUAAUAGGUAAUCAGUUCAUAGUGGAUGCUAGUCAUGAAGAGGAGGCCUGCUCUCUCUGUCAGUUAUCAGUUGGAGUCAACCACAAAGGAAGUAUAUGUAGUAUUUUAAAAGAAGGAGCUGGGAGCUUCAAGCAUAGACAAUACAAUGAAGCUAUAUCACUGGCCAGUGAAAUUGGAGUUUCAGUCAUAGAGAAAAUAACACUCACAAACAAUACUGCACCUGAAAAGAUGCUGUGAUAGUAAUUUUUAAAUUUUAAAAUGUAAAUAUGUAUAUAAAAAUAAAAAAUAAAAAAUUAUAGCUUAGCAUCAGUGUAUCUCAUAUUUUCUGGUAGUAGUCUACC